AUGGACGAUUUUCUGGCGAAGAAGCGUGAUUCUGGUCCUGUGUUGGAUUUCAGCAAGGUGACCGUCAAUACCAAGGAAGAAUUUAGACAGAUUUUCGAUAGAGUGCCGGAUUUUAAAAUGAAAGCUGAGAAAGUGCGUCCGGAAGAUGCGAAAGUUCGAGAUAAUGUUAAAAAGAUGAAGUUUAAGACUUCCAAGAAAGAUUUUAAGCUAUUAAAAGAACAGUUCACGUUCAAAGAUCCUACUCCCGAGGAAAUGAAAGGGUUGAAGUUGGAGGAUUUGGCGAAGGUGCCUAUUGAUUGGAAAAUGCUCACGAGUAUACGCCCAAAGAAUAAAAUGGAUGAAGAUUUCUAUUCCAGGAUUGUGGAGUUGAAAAAGGCGGAAUUAAAGACCCAGGCGUUGGAUAAACGCAAUUUAAUGCGUGAUCCACAAUUAAAACGCGUGAAAAGUAAAUCUGGAUCAUUGGAGUAUCGGCCAUUGAAUUGUGUUGAGUGUAUGGAUGAUUUUUGCACCGGUACGGCUUGUACGCAAUUAUUGUAUGAUUGCUUUACAAGAAUUGAACUGGAACCAGCAGAACCAGCGUCCAAGGUGAUUUCGAUUGAUUUAGGUACAGAUAAGUCAAAGAAAAAGUCCAAGAAGAAGAAGGGUCGAUCACGUUCGCCAAGAAAAUCAGAUAAGAAGAAGAAAACAGUUAAUAAACGCGAUGCGAGUCGGAAACGAUCAAAAUCGCCAAAGAAAACGCCCAAAAAGUGAUUUUCUUUUGUUUUUUAAAUGAAAACAAUUGAAAACUCGGUACUACAGUAAAACUUUAGCCGCCAUUUUGUCUUGACACUUGUCAACUACAAUUUUUGGUGGUGAAAGGAUAAGAGAGGGAAUAAAAUGUGUACAAAUUGUAUAAAAACAAUUAACUUUUUAUAAAAAGUUGUAAAUAAAUUUUCUUUCGCA